AUGCUUAACUUUAGAUUCACUUCCCUUCUAUUUAACACUAUUAUCCUUUUUUCCAACAUUAUUAACGCUCAACAUUUUAUAGGAAGACGAGAUGCUCAACCUGUUAGUGGUUUAACAAUAUCUAGUCCCGCAAAUAAAUGUCAAACUCUUACUUAUAAAAUCCCACAAAAUAUCCCACCUGAUGCUCGAUACACUGUUAUAAUCACAUAUAAUAAUACUGCUCCAAUAUCUGGAUCUUUCUUUAUUAAUAAUCUGGAUUUCGGAUUAGUUAUUACUAACCCAAAAAGUAAUACCGAUUCUAAGUGUGGUGAUGAACUUAAAGUUAAAUGGGAAGAUCUAUUCAAUAAAUAUCAAGAUCUUGAUCUUGAGAUUGUUCUUACAACAGUUGAGGCUCCCUAUAUUAUUAGUUCACUUUCCUCUGUACCAGUUUCUUCUGGUGAACAAAUUUUUACAAUUCCUCAAGGAAUUGAAAAUCGUAGAGAUCAUGAUAUUGUUUUUCGAGUAAAUCGUACUGAUGAGCUAGGCACAGAAGUUUAUGUUUCAACAUUUACUAUUGACGGCUGCUGA